AUGACGAUGCUCUCCCCUCCAGGCUCGGCAUCCAGCUCGAUCAUGGACCAGAACAGGUCACCAGCAGGAUCGUCAUCCCGAAGAGAAGCACCAUUCUCCGGCCAAACAUCCUCCAGCCAAUACCCGCCAACCAGCGCGGCUUACAACACCUUCCCGCCAACCUCAGGCACAGCCGUGGGCGCCCCCGAGCCCUCGCCCCCACCGUCACUGCUAGGCCAGGCCGCCAGGGACCAGGCCUCCUCCUUCACCAGCACGUGGAUCACGCCCGCCUCCACCGAGGACCUCGCCGGCGACGACGACGACAACUACGCCGACACGGACUUCGUCUUCGAGAACGGCCGCAGGUACCAUGCGCCCGCCUCGGGCAGGGUCGUGUACCCCCUUCCGAACGACGAGUCGGAGCAGGAGCGCGACGACAUGAAGCACAAGCUGGCCUUGUGGAUGAUGCACGAGAAGCUGCUGUACUCACCUGUCGAGGAGUCAUUAGAGCAGGGCGGCAUGGUUCUCGACCUAGGUACCGGGACUGGGGAAUGGGCCAUGGACAUGGCUCAGAGGUACGGGAAAUCACAGAUAUUCGGCUGCGACAUAUCACCAAUACAACCGGCAUAUGUCUGGGAUAAUGUCUUCUUCUCGGCAGACGACUUUGAGGAGGAGUGGACGGACUAUCCUGAGAACGCCUUCGACUUCAUACACAUGCGCUACACGGCGUUCUCCAUCAAGGACCCAGCAGCAUUAUUACAACGAAUAAUGAGACAUCUCAAGCCAGGCGGCUGGGUAGAAUUCCAAGAGAUGACCUACUGGCCGCGGUCCGACGACAACACGCUCACAGACACGACGCCCUACGCCUUCCGCGACUUCUGCUACUACGUGCAGAUGGGCGUGGCGAACCUGGGGCUGGACCUGCACAUGAUCAACCGGCUGCCGGCGGCGAUGCGGGCCGCGGGCUUCGACGACGUCACCGAGGCGCGCCACAAGCUGCCCAUCGGCCGCUGGGCCCGCGACCGCAAGAUGCGCCAGAAGGGCAUCUGGUUCCUGCGCAUGAUCCUCAUGGAGGGCCUGUCCGCCAUCGCCAAGCGGCCCCUCACCCAGGGCCUCGGCUGGAAGGCCGAGCAGGUCGAGAUGUUCCUCGUGGACGUGCGCAAGAGCCUCAACGACACGGGCGUGCACGCGUACUUCCCCUUCACGGUGGUGUAUGGGCGCAAGCCGCUGGAGGGCGGCGGGGGGCCGGUGGCGACGUCUCCACGGUAG